CAGCACCAAGUCUCAUCCCUGGAAAAUCAAUGGCAGUGGAGGCAGGUGCAAACCUUCUCUUAUUUUGUGGAAGAAAGGGGAAAUAAGUGACUGAAUGGCCAAAGUGAACUUGAGCCGAUGAUCGGAUGAUUCACAACUCAGAUGAAAAUAAGGGAGAGUGAAAUCCCAGCAUCGAACAGUUUAUUCAAAAACUCUUUUCGCCUGGAAAUUAUCCACAAGGCAGAAGCAAAUCCCAUCAUUUUACCAUUUCGAAAGAAAUGUGAAGAGAGAAAGACAGAAGAAAGUCCUGCAGGUGGCUUUAUUACUAAAGUGCUGGGCUGUGCUGCUGUUGAAGCCUCCUACUCCCCCUUGCUCCCAAGACCUACUUCUGGACUAAAGUGCUACAUCAGGAUUAAUCACCUAAAAAAAUGUGAAAUAGUUCUGGCACACCUCAUCAGAGACAGGACCCUGGCUUUAGAAGGACUGCCAUCUGGGAUCCUGCAGCCCCCUGCCGUGAUCCCAUGGGAUGAAACACAGGCACUUGUUGAAAAGAGGAAAAUCACCUUAAAAGGCUGGAACAGGAAAGAUUCUAAUUCUUUCUGGACAUCUGCCAUCUCAGAAUACUGGAGUGAGCACCAUGUCUAUGAGCUAAAAUACCUCCUCAAAUAUAGAAGAAUCCAGGAAAAGUUAAAGGUCAGAUAUUGUAAGGUCAGUGGGUCAUCUAGUCAAGUCCUGCUGGAAAGGCAUGAAGAAAAGUUUCACAAUGAGAAAAAUAUGCAGUCUAUGUUUUGUGAGUGCCUCUUCUUGGUAGUUAUGUUGCAUUAA